AUGUCACGUCACGGGUAUCAGCCUACUCGCGCGCACACCAGCCAACGUGACGGAUGCGAAGAAACAGCUCUGCAUCUCUUGGGUUGCACUUACCUUCACCCACUGCGAGUUCAAUUUGCGAUAGUUGAUGAUGUACCCCUUAUGAAACUAUGUUUUUAUAAGCGGUUGGCCCAAUUCCUUAUUGCGGUGGAGCGGAACUACCCUAUGCCACAGACUUCACAACCAAGAAACCCUACGCAGCCCACUUUCCCCACCCCUCUAAAAUCAGCGACGAGCUCGAAUAUGGAAACCCUGAUAGAAGACUGA